GAUGACCUCAGAAUCCACCACUGCCUGCUGCCCUGUGAGUCACUCUCCCCUUUGCACUGUGAAAUUUUACCUGUUUCCCUGGAAAAGAGCUUCCCCACUACCCUGAGAGAGACUCUCCCUGCUGCCCCAUGAGAGAUAAUCUCCCUCAACAUAAUGCAGAUGUGUCAGCUGGCAGUGGCAGUGAUGGUGGUGGUGAUGGCAACAGUGUCGUUGGCUGGACCCCUUGCUGACAAGUCAGAGUCACAUGUUGAAACCCCAUCAGGUAUUACGAUCCUCAAGAACUUCAAACCAGCGGGUGGACUUCCCACAACAUUACAGCAAAGGUCAUCAUUGAAGGUGCCAAAAGACUCCACCUUAGUGGGUGAAAUCUCUUUGACACCACGGCCGAGUACACCAGAAAACGCGCCAAUAAAUUCCCAGUUGGUUGGUCCAAUUUCUUCACAACAACAAGCAACAAAUAUAAAAGUACCUGCAAACUCCCACCAAGUCACCAAUGUUCCUCGAAUGAAGAUUGAAACUUGCUCGAUAGAGGGAGUCUUCGGUAUUCCCAAUGACUGCCAACACUUUUAUAUGUGUAAGAAGAACGAAUUACCUACAGAUAGUGUUCCAUAUUACAAUACAUACCUAUACAGGUGUGAUACUGGCCUCAAUUAUAUGGCAAGUGAAUAUGAAUGUCUAAAAUAUGAUUGUUACCCUCCACAAUAUGAACUUCAAAUGUCCGACCCAGGAAUGCCUGCAAUGCCCCCUGUAUCAUCUCAGGGCUCUCCAUGGAUGGAUACACUACCAAAGUGGUUCAAUGACACACCAUGGUGGUUCAAGACACCACCUGCCUGGUUCCAUACUCCCCCAGCCUGGUUCAAUAUUCCUCCUAAACCUCAAGUAAUUGAUGAAGAAAUACAAAUAGAAACUGGUGAGGGCAUUGUCCCAGGAUCAAUUACUAAAGAAAUCACCUUAGGAACUAAUGCCUCCAUCAGCGGCCAAGAAAACACCUUCUAUGCAGAUAGUAAAACAUUAAGGAUUCACAUUCCCAUCAAGAUCAUCCAGCAGUAAUAUGCAAGAAGAGAGACAGAUCUUUGUGCAAAGUCUGAGUUUUCGUUGUGGAAGAGCUGAUGACCAAAUGCACUCAUUGAAUCAAUAUCUGGGCUACUUUAUAUUGUUCAUGGAAUAAACUAUUGAUCCAAUAAUA